CCGUUGGUUUUUGGUAUGUUAUAUAUCAAUCACCUAUUAAAAGGGCAAAUCCAAAAGAAGCGGAGGAAGGGGAGAUUGGUUGGCGAGGAAUGAUUUGACUCAGUGAACGCUUCAACGGCAUUGUUUCCCGGCCUCUCAAAACUAUACUCUCUCCCCAUUUUCGUUCUGUCCCCUCUAAUUCUCUCUCAAAUUCGGUUCUAGGGUUUCGAUUUCCCGACAGAAAGUUCCCUCCUUUGUCAUCCGCUGCGUCUUCCCCGUAAUACCCCGAUGGCCGAUUGAGCUCGAAGAAGCGAAAACCGGAUAAAACAUAAAGAGAAGGAAGAAAAUCCGGAGGAGUUUCGAGAUUUGGGUCAACAAGAAGGGGUCCUCAGGCGUUGAGAUUUGUGGCUUGACAGAAUCCUCGAGCUUUUUUGGAUUGAUUUACGGUUUGUGUUUUUUCCCUGAUUUUUCUGGGGAAAAUGAGCGCUUCGAGGUUCAUCAAAUGCGUCACGGUCGGCGAUGGAGCUGUCGGGAAAACCUGCCUUCUGAUUUCGUACACCAGCAACACUUUCCCUACGGAUUACGUGCCAACGGUUUUUGAUAAUUUCAGCGCGAAUGUUGUGGUAAAUGGAGCCACAGUUAAUCUGGGAUUAUGGGACACUGCAGGGCAAGAAGAUUACAACAGAUUAAGACCACUGAGUUACCGUGGGGCUGAUGUUUUCAUAUUGGCAUUCUCUCUCAUUAGCAAAGCCAGUUAUGAAAACGUAUCUAAGAAGUGGAUCCCGGAGUUGAAACAUUAUGCACCAGGAGUGCCCAUCAUUCUUGUCGGAACAAAGCUAGAUCUACGAGAUGAUAAGCAGUUCUUCGUUGACCAUCCCGGUGCUGUCCCUAUUUCUGCAGCUCAGGGAGAGGAGCUGAGGAAGCAAAUAGGAGCGCCCACAUAUAUAGAAUGCAGUUCAAAAACUCAAGAGAAUGUGAAGGGGGUGUUUGACGCAGCCAUCCGAGUUGUCCUCCAACCCCCAAAGCAGAAGAAGAAGAAGAGCAAAGCUCAGAAGGCCUGCUCCAUUCUAUGAUGGAAGAAAUGCCCAAUUAUGCAAUUCCUACCUUCUUUUCAUCUAUAUAUACAUAUAUAUAUAUAUAUAUAUAUAUGGAUGUAUGUAUAUCAGAAUCCGUGCCAUUCUAUAGAGUCUUGUUUCUCAGGAAACUAGACAUGGUUGAUACCUGGUUUUUCUUCUGACAUGACUUUUUUUUUUGGGGGGGUUGUUAUCUAAUGUGUUCAAACCCAUCACACGGUCGUCCUACCCUUUUGUUCUUCUGUUUCUCGCUUUGUUAUGAUUACAUUCGUUUUUGUUUAUUGUUAAUGGACAUCUUUCCUUCUGCAA